AUGAGCUUGGGGCCUGUAUUAAAUAUUCAAAGAAUAGCCAAUCAGUGGUAUAACGGCGGUGCCCAAUGGCACCCGAAUGCCAUCUAUUAUGAGCAAUACCAGCAGCAACAACAACAACAACAGCAACAACAUCACCAUCAACAACCACAACAGCAACAUGUUCAGCAAGGUACAUUGAAUCAGCAAGAACAACAACAACCGCAGCAUGGUCAACAACAACAUCAUCAACAACCACAGCAUGAUCAACAACAACAGCAACAACCACAGUGGCAGCAUAUUCAGCAAGGUAUCAUGCAGCAGCAACAACAUCAGCGUCAACAACCACAGCAGCAACAAUCACAGUGGCAACAUAUCGCCACUGUCCAUCAUGGCCAACAACACCAGCAACAAUCACAGUGGCAUCAUGCACAGCAAGGUAAUCAGUGGCAAGACGGCUCAGAACGCAAGCCGCCACGUAAGCUAAAACAACAUCGGUGUAAGAAAAAGCUGACCGGCGGCGGCGAUCGAGAGGCGAUCGUAUGUAAAGCGUAUGAUUUCUACCUGCGGAUCCGAUCGUUGCUCAGAACGAAACGGGCCAAGGCAAAACAUGUGGCAGAACGGGAUGACUAA